AUGUCCGAGAUUAACUACCUCAGGCGGAAUCUCCGCAUUCUCGUCCUAAACCCAAACUCAUCGACCACCAUGACUGAAGGCAUGGCCAAUGCCAUUCGCCAUAUGUCACUACCAGAUUCGGUUGAGAUUUAUACCUACACUGCUCCUCCUCAAUCUGCCCCCGACAGCAUCAAUGAUCAGGAAGGCAUCGAGCGCAGCACUCAAGCAGUUCUAGACGACCCCAAGAUUGAGAAGGAGCUCGAGUCGGACAAGUAUGAUGCUGUUCUAGUAGCAUGCUUCAGCGUUCACUGUCUAGUCCCUAAGCUGACUAGGUACCGCCAUCUUGCUGUUACUGGUAUCUUUGAAGCGAGUAUUCUCACAUCCCUUUCACUCAUGGCUGCGCCAGAGAAUAGCGCAAAAUGGGGCAUUGUUACGACUGGAAAGUUCUGGGAGGAUCACUUGUCCAAUGGUGUGAAGAAGUUCCUCGGUCAAGAAAAGGAUGGUGUGAACAGCAAGUUUGCUGGCGUCUACUCGUCGGGUCUCACAGCGGGCGACUUUCACACUGUUCCACCGGAGAAGGUCAGGGAGAAGCUCAAAGAAGCAACCAAAAAUCUGCUCGACCAGGGUCAGGUUAACUGUGUUGUCAUGGGGUGCGGUGGUAUGGCUGGCUUGGAGGGCAUCAUCCGCUCGACUGCGAUCGAGCAAUACGGUAAGGCUGAUGGUGACCUUGUCUACAUCAUUGAUGGAGUCAAGGCCGGUGUCAUGCAGUUGGAGCAAAUGAUCCGAAGCAGGCGAGCCUUUAGGUAA